AAAAAAAAUAAAACGAAAAAAAGUACCAAGGGUCGAAUGAAACAUUACUACUCGAAUGUAUUUUUUUUUUCAACUUAGUUAUUAAUUUGUCGAAUGCCAGUGCUGUAGUGAGUCGUGUAAGUGUUAACGUAAAUUGCCAAAACAAUGGGCUCCGAUAAUCAUCCUGUCGAACAAGGUACCAGGAUUUUUGGAAUAGAAUGGGCUCCGCUAAAUGUGUCCUUCAAACGGCGAAUGGAAACGUUUUCAGCCUUCUUCUGGUUCUUUUGCGUACUAACCGGAGUGUUUGUGAAUUUCUUCUGCUUGUACUACAUACUUUGCACCGCAUUUUGGCCUGCAGGAAUUCUUUACGUUGUAUGGAUAUAUUAUGAUCGUCGUACAGCACAUACAGGAGGAAGACCUAUCAACAGUAUUCGAAAAUUCAAGCUGUGGGAAUACUUCCGUGAUUAUUUCCCCAUCAGUCUAAUAAAGACAGCCGACUUGCCAGCCGAUAGAAACUACCUGUUUUGCGUAUAUCCGCACGGAGUUCUAGCUUCGGGAGCUGUACUGAAUUUCGCCACAGAUGCCAAUAAAUUUGAAAGACUGUAUCCUGGACUUCAGGCUCAUCUACUCACGUUAUCGUUCAAUUUCAAUUUACCAUUUUCACGCGAAACUAUUCUCGGUUUAGGUGGUUGUUCUGUAGCUGAAAAAAGCAUCAUGAAUCUAUUAGGGCCCCAAAGAACGGGCAAAGCCGGAGUUCUGGUAGUAGGAGGUGCAGCCGAAUCGCUCAAAUCCGAGCCUGGAACGUAUAGAAUUGUAAUAAAAAACCGAAGAGGAUUCGUACGAGUUGCUUUGAAAGCAGGAGCUCAUCUAGUGCCUGUGAUAUCGUUCGGCGAGAACGACAUGUACGAUCAGUGUCGAGGUCCUACCAUACAAAAAAUCCAAAAUUUAUUCCACAAAUAUCUCGGUUUCGUUCCUAUCCUUCCUCGUGGAAGAGGAUUCUUCCAAUACUCCUUCGGAUUAGUGCCGCAUAGAAGGCCUAUCAACACAGUCGUCGGUAAAGCGAUCACGGUGCCCCGAAUUAGCAAUCCUACCAGGGAAGACGUUGAUAUUUACCAUCAGAAAUUCAUGGCCGAAAUCGAAACUUUAUUCAACGAAAACAAAGGAAAAUACGACGCUAAAGGUGAAGCUGCCGAAUUGAUCAUGGAGUAAGAGAAGUAUGAAUUUCGCUCCAUCGCGAUGCGCUGCCUGGUUCCUAUAUUCCUAAAUACUGCUACAUACGUUUGGCAAUUGCCAAUAAGUACCUAAUUAUGUUGAUAUGUACGUAUUCGUAAUGUUAUGCCAUCGUUACCAUACACUUUGAAAGCUGUUGGACGUGAAUUAUCGAGUACAUGAUGUGUAUGCAUUUAUCCUAUUACAAAUUUGCCGAUGGUGUACCAAUAAAUUGUAAUAUUUGUA